CUUGCCAGUCUACACGCGCUGACAUAAGCAACGCCAAGGAUACAAUUCAUCAACUAGGCUUCAUCCCCGUGGAUAUACACUGAUACAGCUAACCAGAUAUGAUCUACUUCAUUCUUACUCACACUGUUGCAGGUUGAGCAGGAAUUUCAUACACUAUUUUUCGUGGAUGGUAAUGCGGUACAUUCUCAUGAACCCAUCUAUGGAUUUCCAAUGUUCUAGUGAUUGGACUCAAACCCGGGAAAGGUAAAGGGACAGGCGGGUGUUGAAGGUGCCCAGGUGUAGCAGUGAGCCUGCGUUGGACAUGGGACCGUAUCUUAGCUUUUGGGGAUACAGUGCCGAAGGAAUAGCGUCUUCCUGAAGGAAAGCUGACUUCGGGCUGAAGCUGGAAGCUGAGACACUGCGCGCGCCAGAAAAAUGCAUUCCAAUCACGGCUUUAUCCUGCUUCUCCUAAACGGAACAGCGUGCUUGCUGGCCCUGGGUCAAGAAGAUGACUCUUCAAGCCCCAAGAGCUCCUCAGCAGACGGGUCGUCCUCUAAGACGGUGGGUCUCCUGGGGAGCCAGACUCCACUUUCCCCCCUGAGUCGCUGGAUGCUCCAGAGUAAAAGCCGGGCAGCCAAUGCCACCUCCCUAGAGCUGCCCUACCGCUCACCCAUUCCCUUCUCCAAGCAGGAGUUCUGGGAGAUGCUGGGUAGUGACCUGAUGAAGCCAGACACCUCCUCUUCCUCCCGCGUCAAACGCCGGCCCAUCGUCAAGACGGGCAAGUUCAAGAAGAUGUUUGGCUGGGGAGACUUUUAUUCUAACAUCAAGACGGUGCGCCUCAACCUACUGAUCACCGGCAAGAUCGUAGACCACGGCAACGGAACAUUCAGCGUCUACUUCCGCCACAACUCCACGGGCCAGGGCAACAUCUCAGUCAGCCUGGUGCCGCCGGUCAAGGCGGUGGAGUUCGACCUGGAGCGCCAGAGCGUGGUCUACCCCAAGGACUCCAAGAUCUUCAACUGCCGCGUGGACUAUGAGAAGGUGGACCGCAGCAAGCGCACGUCACUGUGCAACUACGACCCGUCCAAGACCUGCUUCCAGGAGCAGACACAGAGCCAUGUCUCCUGGAUCUGUUCCAAGCCCUUCAAGGUCAUCUGUAUCUACAUCUCCUUCUACAGUACAGACUACCGCCUGGUCCAGAAGGUCUGCCCGGACUACAACUACCACAACGAGAUGCCCUACCUGCCCUCGGGCUAGAGAGGGGCACACAGGAGGGGGAGAGGAGGGACGAGGGGAGGAGUGACUUUGUAGGGUGAGGGGCCACCAGAUUGAGCUGGAUAAACUUUUUCUGUCAUUUGCUGCAAAACCUCACC